CGUCGACUUUCUUUGAUGCUCUUACCAUCUGAUACAUUGUAACGAGCGCCUUCUUGAUGGAUUCAGACAUUAUUAGAUCGACGCGAGCGGUGGCGCGCAUCACAGGCGCUUUGUGUGUCGUUGUUUAGAUACACUUUCUGCCUCUGAUCCGCGUUUUAAACUCUUCCCGUCGGUCCUAUGGCUGCAGCCUGUUGAUCAUCAGUGCUGGACGGGAAAAACGGAUUGUAUUCCCGACGGCGGCAGCAGCAGAAGGUCUGUGAAUAAUACAGCCAAUAAAAAGAUCGAGUAACGGGACACGAGUUAAGUCAUGUAUCUGAUCAUGGACAGUGCGAGGCCCAGGUUAUGAAGGGGACACAAAUACAGAGGACAGAAAAUAUGAUUGAAACAAUGGACACCCAGCAUUGUCUUCAGGCGUUGGAGAGGUUACAGGCUCGCCUGAAGGAAAAGGGACCAGAUGUUCCUGCUGAGGAGAAACUGAAUCUCCUGAAGACGGUCCUGCAGAGUCCUUUGUUCCACCGAAUCCUCGCCCUGCAGAAAUCAGUACAGCAUUUGAAAGAGAAUGCUCCUUGUAUUAAGUCCGAUCUGAAAGGCAGCCAUGAGGAUUGUUCUGCUCAGCUCAACGGGGAGCCUUCACCUGAAGAAUUCGAACACAUCAUUCGUUCAAUGGCUCAGGGUCGGUACGUGACUCACGUUGACCUGCUGAAGCCGGCAUCAGGCGGUUUGGGUUUCAGCGUUGUCGGGUUGUGCAGUGAGAACCGUGGAGAACUCGGCAUCUUUAUUCAGGAGAUUCAAGCUGGGAGUGUAGCGUACAGCGGGAAACUAAAAGAAGGAGAUCAGAUCCUGGCCAUUAACGGUCAGCCGUUAGAUCAGAGCGUCAGUCACCAGCAGGCCAUCGCCAUCCUGCAGAGAGCGUCGGACCACGUGAGGAUCACGGUCGCCCGUGGGCCUGUACCGCAGCUCUCUAGCCCAGUGGUGUCCAGAACUCCCAGUGCCGCUAGCACGCUUUCAGCACACUCCAGUGCGAUCCACUGGACUCACGUGGAGACGAUCGAGCUGGUGAAUGAUGGAACUGGUUUGGGUUUCGGGAUCGUAGGUGGCAAAACCACUGGAGUCAUUGUCAAAACCAUCGUACCUGGAGGCAUUGCAGACCAGGAUGGUCGCUUACGCAGCGGGGAUCACAUCCUUCGGAUCGGUGAUACAGAUCUGUACGGUCUGAGCAGCGAGCAGGUCGCGCAGGUCCUGAAACAGUGCGGUAACAGAGUCCGACUGAUCAUAAGCCGUGCGACUGUGGACGACGCUCAGCCUGUUCCUGUCACCUUGCCAACGGUCACUGAGCAACAGGGGCCGGAGGAGGAGCCGGAAGCUGCUUUUGAAGUGAGUCUGACGAAAAAUGCUCAGGGACUGGGUAUCACCAUCGCUGGCUAUGUGGGGGACAAAACCUCGGAGCCCUCUGGAAUAUUUGUGAAAAGCAUUUCGAGGGACAGCACCGUUGAUCAAGAUGGGAGGAUUCAUGUCGGAGAUCAAAUCAUAGCUGUGGAUGGUGUGAAUAUCCAGGGCUACAGCAACCAGCAGGCUGUUGAAGUUCUGAGACACACAGGUCAGACCGUCCACCUGAAACUGGUCCGACGUGGUUUUGAUCCGGAGAAUGCGUGCCUGCCAAUACUGCCUGCCGUCAUGGAGAGCAAACCAGCCUCUGGCGCAACCGAAAUUUCACCGAUGGAACACACAAAAAUGACGACACAAGAAAAUGACAGAUCUUGUCUAACUCCAGCUGAGAACUCAAAACAAACGUCUGUCAAAACCUUGCCAGUCAGAACUCCAGAAAGACAAGAUGGUCCUGUAGGAAUGAAGCUGAGCACUGAGGAGGAACACAAACUCAUUGUGAAUUGGCAGGAGCGGGGUAUCUGCGGUGAUGUCAUUGUGGCUCAGGUGCAGAAGUUCACUGAAAACAGUGGGUUGGGCAUCAGUCUGGAUGCGUGCGCUGGAAGUCACUUCGUGUGCUCGGUGCUUCCAGAGGGACCUAUUGGUCGAUCCGGAAAGAUCUGCAGUGGAGACGAACUUCUGGAGGUGAAUGGCAUUCCCCUCAGAGGAGAGACUCAUAAGGAGGUUGUCGAAAUUCUGAAGGAACUCCCAAUUUGCGUGACCGUGGUCUGCUGUAGACCCACCCCUCCGAUGACUGACACCCAGAACGACCAACCCCAAGCAGAGGAUGAGACAACAAAACCCACACUUCAGAUGCAAGAUGAUAUUGAAGACUUCCUGAUAUCUGGGAAAUGUGAGGAGAGCAUGAGAGAACAUGUGACCGAAGAACCAACAGGAACACCACUGGCCAUGUGGGAAACAGAGAUUCAGGACAUCCAGCUGGAGAAAGGAGAGAGUGGGCUGGGCUUUAGCAUCCUCGACUACCAGGACCCAAUGGACCCGGCUAAGACAGUCAUUGUGAUUCGCUCGUUAGUUCCUGAUGGUGUUGCAGAACAAGAUGGACGCCUGUUGCCAGGUGACCGCCUCAUGUAUGUCAACAACAUCCACCUGGAGAACGCCAGUCUGGAGGAAGCUGUGCAGGCACUGAAGGGAGCAAACAUGGGUGCUGUUCACAUCGGGGUGGCCAAACCGCUGCCUAUGGACUCUAUUGAACUGUCUGAUGAUAAAGCAUUCGAGCAUAAUUUUGUGGAGGAUGAGGAUGACACGCUGCUGGCGUCAAUGAUCACACAACAUGGCAGUAUCUGCAGCGCUGAUGUGAGCUAUCAGAUGAGCCGACAAGCCUCCACUCCUAAGAGGAGCCUUCAUCAGGAUUCGUACAUGGAUUAUCCCUUCAGAUCCGGAACGAUGGACAACACAGACCCUUUCACCCCCGAGAGGAGUGCUGUGGCCUGGAUAUCUGAAGGAGGAGCUUUUAGGCUUGUUCCCACCCAUUCUGAUUUGUUAUUUGAACGUGGCCUAGAAGGGGUGGAGCCCUUGACAUCAGAGGCAGAGUUAUGCAAAGAUAGCUCCACCCCUGCUGACAAAGAUGCAGACGAGCAGUUAUUUUACACCGGAGUGGACCAUAUUAUGGGUGUGGUUAAGAGCCGUAUCCAUGGAGACCAAGACAUACAGAAGGAGGAAGAUUUCCUCUCAUCAGAGCCCAUUGACGAGGCCCAGCAACUGAACAUCACCGCUGGGAGCAGUUACGAGAGGACCAUCACAGUCAUCAAGGGAACUUCAAGUCUAGGUAUGACUGUGUGCGCAUUGAAGGAUGGAGCGGGCAUGCUGAUUCGCAGCAUAAUUCACGGCGGGUCCAUCAGUCGAGACGGACGGCUCGGGGUUGGUGACCUCAUCCUGGCCAUUAAUGGAGAACCGACCGGACAUCUGACCAAUGCCCAAGCUCGAGCCAUGCUCCGCAAACAUUCUCUGAUUGCACCAGACAUGGGCUCUACAGGUGCGUCGAGUGAAGAGAACAGCCAUGUCUCUGUAAUCAUGUAUGUCCCUGCUGAGUACAUUGAGGAAUACAGGACAUACCAGCAGGUCAAGAAUGACAUUCUGUCUGAAGACACAAGCAACACUCGACAUCAGACAGUCUCAGAGCUUCCAGAGAGAGAAGAUGGAGAGGGAGAAGAAAGUGAACUACAGAUGGCAGCUCCCAACAGCUGGAACAUGCCGCGAAGAGUGGAGUUGUAUAGGGAGGCGGGGAAAUCUCUGGGUAUCAGCAUCGUUGGUGGAAGAGGCAUGGGCAGUCGCCUUAGCAACGGCGAAGUGAUGCGGGGCAUUUUUUUUAAACACAUCCUGGAGGACAGUCCUGCAGGACACAGCGGCACGCUGAAGACUGGAGACAGGAUUCUUGAGGUGGGUGGAGUGGAUCUGCGUGAUGCUAGUCAUGAGCAGGCGGUGGAAGCCAUCCGUAAUGCUGGAAAUCCUGUAGUGUUCCUGGUCCAGAGCAUCAUUCACAAACCCAAAGCAUGUGUGAUGGAUACAGUGGAGGAUGCUUCAGAGUCCAGCGGUGAAAAGGAAGUUGAUACUCACAGUAGACUUUUCCUCCGUUUGUGUCCGACUAAUCCCUUUACCCCUACACCGUUUAAGUUGAAUCGUGAGGCUGGAAAAACAUCACCUGUCCUCUCGUUGCCCGUUGUUCCACACGUCGGGGAGACAGACACAGAUGCUCUGCCUGAGAUUCUUGACCGGACCACUCUUCAUCCUGAUGCUUCUGAUGAGGAGGAUGAGUACGGUUACAGCUGGAAGAUGAUAAUAGAGCGGUAUGGUAGUUUGCCGGGUCAACUACACAUGAAGGAGCUGGAAAAGGGCAGAGCGGGUCUGGGUUUGAGUUUGGCGGGGAACCGGGACCGCUCACGCAUGAGUGUGUUUGUGGUGGGCAUCGAUCCCAGCGGCGCUGCUGGUCGAGACCAAUGCAUUGUGGUGGGAGACGAACUGCUGGAGAUAAACGGUCAGGUGCUAUACGGCCGCAGUCAUCAAAACGCCUCUGACAUCAUCAAAAGAACCCCCUCAAAGGUCAAGAUCAUCUUCAUCCGGAACAGAGAUGCUUUGAGUCAGAUGGCUGUGGGGCCCAUGAAGGAGUUUGGAGACUCACUGGAUAUAAACACAGAGGAGGAUGGAGAGGUGGGUGUUGUCCUGAAGGAGAACGACAGCAAAACUGCAUGGAUCAUUGAGAAUGAAGAAGAUAAUGGACCACCAGCAAGGGCCUCAUCAUCCAAUCAGAUGUCCACAGGACCAAGUCCAAGAAUCACCCCCAGCCCGACUCUUGCAUCUUUAUCAUCUGAGACAGAGCCAAUCAGCAGUUCCAGCAGAUGUUCCACACCGGCAACCUUGGCUUCUGAUCCGGUGACGUGUCCCAUAAUCCCCGGCUGUGAGACCACCAUAGAGAUCUGUAAGGGCACGGCAGGACUGGGGCUCAGCAUUGUGGGCGGCUGUGACACUUUACUGGGGGUGAUAAUAAUACACGAGGUGUAUGAGGAGGGCGCUGCAUCUAAAGACGGUCGACUUUGGGCAGGAGAUCAGAUCCUGGAGGUUAACGGUAUAGACUUGCGCGUGGCGACCCACGAUGAGGCUAUCAACGUUCUGCGACAGACCCCACAGUAUGUUCAGCUGACCAUCUUCAGAGAUGAAGGCCAGUAUAAAGAGGAGGAACUGUGGGACACGCUGACUGUUGAGUUUCAGAAGAAACCUGGUCACAGUCUCGGCCUCAGCAUCGUUGGCAGACGGAAUGACACAGGAGUCUUUGUAUCAGACAUUGUGAAGGGCGGAGUCGUGGAGAGUGAUGGACAUCUGAUGCAGGGAGAUCAGAUCCUGACUGUUAACAGAGAAGAUGUCCGCUGUGCCACGCAGGAGUAUGUAGCUGCGCUCCUCAAGAGUUGUUCUGGACCAAUAAGAAUGGAGGUGGGUCGUUUUAAGUCGGGACCGAUCCACUCCCAGCGGCGUCUCUCUCACAGCAGUCAGGUCAGUGAGACGGUCAACUGUAAAGUUACUUCAUAUUCCAGCUGUGCAGCUUUACAGGGAGACUCACAGGAAACUCAUGAACCAGUGGACCAAGAAGUCAGGACAGUUGAAUUUACAAAGGGUCCGUCUGAUUCUCUGGGCAUCAGUAUAGCUGGAGGUGUGGGCAGUCCUCUAGGGAACGUGCCCAUUUUCCUCGCCCUGAUGAAUCCCAGCGGCCUGGCAGCACAGACACAGAAACUUCAGGUUGGAGACAGAAUGGUGGGUAUCUGUGGAAACAGUACAGAGGGAAUGACUCACAAUCAGGCCGUUUCACUCCUGAAGAACACAACAGGCCUCAUACAGCUACAGGUUGUUUCUGGUGAUACGACAGUGACGGGUCCUUCACCGGAGCAGACGGCAGGACUUACAGCCAGCAGCAUUUUCCAUGAUGACCUCGGCCCGCCGCAGUGUAAGAACAUCAGUUUGGAGAGAGGACCCGAUGGCUUGGGCUUCAGUAUUGUCGGGGGUUUCGGCAGCCCACACGGUGACUUGCCGAUCUACGUGAAAACGGUUUUCAGCAAGGGGGCAGCGUCAGAGGACGGGCGGCUCAAGCGUGGAGAUCAGAUCGUCGCAGUUAACGGUCAGAGUUUAGAGGGCGUCACGCACGAGGAGGCUGUCGGCAUUCUGAAGAAAACCAAAGGAACCGUCACGCUCACCGUGCUGUCAUAAACACACAUUGUAAUGCUUCUGAUAGAUGAUUUUAACACUGGAUUACAUGUCAAUGUUUCUCACAUGUUAUGAAGACUUGCAGUAUGUGUACAAACUGCACCAAACAGUCAUGAAAUCUCAUCUCUUCAUAGAGAUCUGUUAGCAGUAACUAUAGGACAUGUAAAAAAAAACAAUACGUCAAUAAUAGCAAACCUUUAUCUCGUUUUCAAAACACACAAAUGAGAUUUUCGAGGUUGAUGGACUUUGUACAAGUCAAACUAGUGUUGCUUCAUUCUUGUGCUUUUUUCAUUAUUUUGGGGGGGGGGCUUAACUUCUUUGUGUUUGAUGGAAGACAGUCAUACGGGUUUAGAAGGACAUGGACUGAAUUUUAUUUUUAGGGGUGAAUUAUUCAAUUUACCAAUUCUUAUUAUGAAGACUGGAUCUGAUUUAAAUGAAAAUAUUUUAGUAUGUUUCUUAAAAUGGACAUUUAAUGAGGAACAACUGAUUGAAGUGGAAAUGAAGGUUACAAUUGUAAGAUUUAUAAUGUGCUGAUAUAUAUGAAAAUAAUGUUGAAGAAUAUGAUCCUUAAACACUUUAGUGCUUAUAUAUAGUGUUUAUAUAUUCCACUGUUUUGUCAAACAUGUUACUGCACAUUUCUGAUAUAGUAUUCACUACAAAUAAAAGACUGAA